AUGAACUUUAUGAAUACUCAUUCACAAUUUAACUUUUCAAGAAAAUCAUUGCCUAGACCUUUGAUAUCUAGAUAGCUUACAAGGGAAAAGAGUUAACCAAGUUUUAACCCAAUAACUCCAUCAGUAAGUUAUUAAUAACAAUAUUUUAGACAAAAUUUCGUAUCUCCAAUACUAAUUAACAAAUGAAUAGAGAGAAGAUUUAAAAAGCCAAUGGCAAUUAUUUUAGUUAACAUGAUGAUACAAGUGGUAGUACUAAGAUGUCAAAAGCACACACUUAAUAACUGUUGAAAAAGAAUGAAAUAGAAUUUAAGUAGUCUUUAUUUGAUCAAGAAGACAAAGAAGAAGAACUCUAAUUUACAUUACUAUGUUAAACUCUUGAAAAGCUGUUGUGA